AAGCUGAAGCACGUGUCUCCAGAGAUGUCCUUGGAAAAUAAAGAACAACAUGGCCUUUCACCCAGGGACUCAGCUGAAGAAAAUGAGCAAUAUAGUCCUCAGGCUAACAUCCAUCUGGAGCCUCAAAAGGAAUCAAGUACUGAGUUCCAGGAAUUUCAGACCAGUGAUCAAUGCAGACCUCAUUCUAGGAUCCAUAUGGAGCCUCAAGAGAAAUCACAUACUGACUUCAAGCAAUUUAUCAUCAAAAAGCUACAGAAGAGUUGCCAGUGCAGCCCAACCAAAGCAAAAAAUAUGAUUUUUGGUUUCCUUCCUAUUUUGCAGUGGCUUCCAAAAUACGAUCUGAAGAAAAACAUUUUAGGAGAUGUGAUGUCUGGCUUGAUUGUGGGCAUCUUAUUGGUGCCCCAGUCUAUUGCUUAUUCCCUCUUGGCUGGCCAGGAACCUGUCUAUGGUCUGUACACAUCCUUUUUUGCCAGCAUCAUUUAUUUCCUGUUAGGUACCUCCCGUCACAUUUCUGUGGGCAUUUUUGGAGUAUUGUGCCUUAUGAUUGGUGAGGUGGUUGACCGAGAACUACACAAAGCUGGCUAUGACACUGCCCAUAUUCCUUCUUCUUUAGAAAUGUUUCCAAAUGAGAGUACGUCAUUAAAUCGCACGUUACAUGGGAUGUGUGACAAAAGUUGCUAUGCGAUUAUAGUUGGCAGCACUGUAACUUUUAUGGCUGGAGUUUAUCAGGUAGCAAUGGGCUUCUUUCAAGUGGGUUUUGUGUCUGUCUACCUCUCAGAUGCCUUGCUGAGUGGAUUUGUCACCGGUGCCUCCUUCACUAUUCUUACAUCUCAGGCCAAGUAUCUCCUUGGGCUCAGCCUUCCUCGGAGUAAUGGUGUGGGCUCUCUUAUCACUACCUGGAUACAUAUCUUCAGAAACAUCCAUAAAACCAAUCUCUGUGAUCUCAUCACCAGCCUUUUGUGCCUUUUGGUUCUUUUGCCCACCAAAGAACUCAAUGAGCACUUCAAGACCAAGCUUAAGGCACCAAUUCCUACUGAACUCAUUGUAGUUGUAGUAGCCACAUUGGCCUCUCAUUUUGGAAAACUAAAGGAAAAGUACAACUCCAGUAUAGCUGAACAUAUUCCCACUGGGUUUAUGCCACCCAAAGCACCAGAUUGGAACUUAAUUCCUAAUGUGGCUGUAGAUGCAAUAGCUAUUUCUAUCAUUGGUUUUGCUAUCACUGUUUCACUUUCUGAGAUGUUUGCCAAGAAACAUGGCUAUACAGUAAAAGCAAAUCAGGAAAUGUAUGCUAUUGGAUUUUGCAAUAUCAUUCCUUCCUUUUUCCAUUGCUUUACUACUAGUGCAGCUCUUGCAAAGACAUUGGUUAAAGAAUCAACAGGCUGCCAAACUCAGCUUUCUAGUGUGGUCACAGCCUUGGUUCUUUUGCUGGUCCUCCUGGUAAUAGCUCCUUUAUUCUUUUCCCUUCAGAAGUGUGUCCUUGGGGUCAUCACUAUUGUAAAUCUUCGGGGAGCCCUGCGUAAAUUUAGGGAUCUACCCCAGAUGUGGAGGCUUAGCAGAAUGGAUACAGUUAUCUGGUUUGUUACUAUGCUGUCCUCUGCACUGAUAAGUACAGAAAUAGGCCUGCUUGUUGGAGUUUGUUUCUCUAUGUUUUGUGUCAUUCUCCGUACUCAGAAGCCAGAGAGUUCAUUGCUUGGCCUGGUGGAAGAUUCUGAAAUCUUUGAAUCCAUGUCUGCUUACCAGAACCUUCAGACAAAGCCAGGAAUCAAGAUUUUUCGUUUUACAGCCCCUCUCUACUACAUAAACAAAGAAUUUUUUAAAUCUGCUUUAUACAAAAAAACUCUCAACCCAGUCUUAAUAAAGGCAGCUCAAAAGAAGAAAGCAAGGAGAAUGAUGAAAGAGGAAACAGUGACUUUCAGUGGAAUCCGGAAUGAAGUUUCAGUGCAUCUUUCCCAUGAUCCCUUAGAGCUCCACACGAUAGUAAUUGACUGCAGUGCAAUACAGUUUUUGGAUACAGCAGGGAUCCAUACCCUGAAAGAAGUUCGUAGAGAUUAUGAAGCCAUUGGUAUCCAGGUUUUGCUGGCUCAGUGCAAUCCCUCUGUAAGGGAUUCCUUGGCCAGGGGAGAGUAUUGCAAAAGGGAAGAAGAAAACCUUCUCUUCUAUAGUGUGUAUGAAGCGAUGGUUUUUGCAGUAGAAUCUCAAAAUCAGAAAGGAAUGUAUGUUCCCAAUGGUCUGAAUCUUUCCAGUGAUUAA